AGCACCCUGCCCAGCCUUGAUGCUCCCUACCCCAUGUUGGUGUUGACUGGACCGUUGGCCUGCUGGAAGCGAGAACUUUGUCACCGGCUGUGUCGGAAGUUCAACAAUUAUUUCAGAUACAGCCCCUGUCAUACCACCAGGAGCCCUUAUUUCGGAGAAGAGAACAAAUUAGAUUACCAUUACGUAUCUCAGGAGGAAUUUGACAAGAUGGUGAACACGGGGAAAUUCAUUGCCACUUUCAAAUAUAACGGCUUCUACUACGGGCUGAGCCGAGAGAUCAUUGAAACCAUCGCUAGGGAGGGGCUGGCAACCUGCGUGCAUUUAGAAAUCGAG